AUGAUCAGCUCCAGCCAGCACGUUCGCAGCCAAAAGCGCCCGCCUUACGCCUCUCAUAUAUCAAAAACAUAUGAAGAUGGCAUCUUCAAGGACAAGCUCCCCAUUGUCACAACAGAUCCCAACCUCCUGGAGGAACAGGCUCGACAGGUCAUGGGGAACAAGCCCUUUGGCUACAUCUAUGGAGGCGCUGGCGAGAUGUCUUCUGUAGAUGAAAACCGUCUUGCCUUCCGCCGGUGGAGGAUUGUUCCCCGCGUUCUUAAGCCCUGUGCUCCAAGAGACCUGAGAGUGAAGCUCUUCGGUGCUACUUAUGACUCUCCCCUCUUAAUGGCUCCCAUAGGCGUCCAGGGUACGUUUCACCCAUCGGGCGAAAAAGGCCUUUCUGCCGCUUGUGCCGAGCUCGGGAUCCCAUAUUCUCUCAGCACAGCCGCGACAUCCAGCAUCGAGGACGUCGCAGCAGCCUGCGGAUCGCACCCGCGCUGGUACCAGCUCUACUGGCCAAAGGACGACGACAUCACGAAAUCACUCUUGGGACGUGCCAAGGCUUCGGGCUACAGCACUCUAAUCGUGACGCUGGACACGGUCAGUGUAGCUUGGCGCCCGCAAGACUUGAACAUUGCCAACUUGCCGUUCCUGGAGGGAGUUGGCAACGCUGUUGGGUUCAGCGAUCCUGUCUUCCGAGCCAAGUUUGCGGACAAAAACAAUGGCGACUCGCCAGAGGACGUUCCUGUUGCUGCGUCCCGCUACUGGAUCAGCGAGGUGUUUAGCGGCGAGCACCACAGCUGGGAGGACCUUGCCCUGCUGCGUAAGCACUGGGACGGGCCGAUGGUGCUGAAAGGCGUUCUAAGCGUAGAGGACGCCAGGCUUGCGCUCAAGCACGGCAUGGAUGGCGUCAUCGUGAGCAACCACGGUGGGAGGCAACUUGAUGGAUCUGUCAGCUCGCUUGAAAUGCUGCCGGAGAUUGUGGGCACCGUCGGCAGUGAGAUGACCGUCAUGUUUGAUUCUGGGAUCCGGACAGGCUCGGACAUGAUCAAGGCUCUCGCGUUGGGUGCCAAGGGCGUAUUUGUCGGCCGUCCGGCUAUUUACGGACUAGGCAUUGCUGGAAAGGAGGGCGCAAAGUCGGUGCUCGCCGGUUUGCUAGCUGAUCUUGAUCAGUCGAUGGGCAUUUCGGGGUUUGCGAGCAUCGAUGAGCUACAAAGGACAAUCCUGCGGAAAGCCUAG